UUAGCAAAUCCAACGCCAAUUUUCAAACUCCCCCAAAACCCUAGCAACUGAAAGGCUGAACUCCCACUGUCUCAACGUAUGGGAUAUGCGUGAAAGUAUAGUUACGCUUACAUAUACGUAGAAAUAUCUGUAUCCAUAAGGAAUGAGAAUGGCGCCGAUCGCAGUUUUGGCGAGAUCACGGCGGUUCGUCUGGCCGCACAAUUUCAAAUCCAUCUCCACCUUCGUUCACCUCCACCAAGAGGCGCAGCUGGCCGAGCCUCCGAUGACGCCUCCAGAGCUCCCGCCUAACCCCGCCACCGGCAGCCCACGCUACAAAGAAAACUGGCGGAACCCUACAUCCGCAUCUUCGGCCGGAGAUGGGGCGCUUAUUCCUGUCGGCUUGGGGUUUCUCCAACACACUACUGCUGCGAAAAUGCAGGUGCUUUCUCAGUCACUUGACGCGCAGGGCUUGAUGAAUCAUUUCGCAGGUUGGAUGACGUUGCGUCGGUGGGAGGAUAUGAAGCAGCUCUUCGAGUUGUGGAUCAGGUCUCUCGAUAAGAACGGAAAGCCAAACAAACCUGAUGUAAAUCUUUAUAACCAUUAUCUACGUGCGAAUUUUAUGAUUGGGGCGUCUGCUGGCGAAUUGCUCGAUCUUGUGGCCCAAAUGGAUGAUUUCGGGAUCCUGCCUAAUACUGCAUCCUGUAAUCUUGUGCUUAAGGCUAUGCAGAAGGCUGGUGAAACACUUGCAGCGGAGAAACUAAUUGAAAGGAUGCUCCAGACAGGAAAAGAAUUCAAGGAAUCUUUGCCUGAUGAUGAGUCAUAUGACUUAGUUAUUGGCAUGCUUCUUUCAAAAAACCAGAUUGAUUCUGCGCUGAAGUAUAUAGAUCUGACGUUGAAAUCUGGAUAUAUGUUGUCAAUGAAGGCAUUCGUGGAUUGUGUGCGAAUUUGUGUUAGUAAUGUGAGGCUGGACACAUUGGUGUCAAUUAUAGAGAGAUGCAAGAAAAUGGAUCAGAACAAAUCCUUAUGUCCCGAUUGGCGCAUAUGCAAUUAUAUUGCUGAUGUUGCUAUGCAAUCAGAUAACAGUGAGCUCACCUAUUAUGCACUUGAGUUCAUCGCCAAAUGGAUUGCUCGAGGGGAGGCUGCAAAGCCUCCUGUUCUUCUCUCUGUAGAUGAAGGAUUAGUUAUCUCUGCCCUUGGAACUGCUGGUAGAACUUACAAUUCUAAAUUGCUGGAUGUUUCUUGGGCUGUACUCAAGCGGUCAUUGCGCCAAAAGAAGGUUCCGAAUCCUGAAUCUUACCUCGGAAAAAUAUAUGCCCAUGCUAAUUUGGGGAACCUACAGAAAGCUUUUAGUACUCUGCAUGAAUUUGAGACAGCUCAUGGAAAUUCUAACCAAGAAGAUGGAGAGGAUCUAUUCUCUCCAUUUCAUUCUUUAAAUCCUCUGGUCACCGCAUGCUCCAAGAAUGGUUUUGUCACUUUGGAUUCUGUUUAUUAUCAGCUGGAGAAUUUAAGUCAAGGCAAUGUUCCAUACAAGUCUGUUGCUGCUCUCAAUUGUAUAAUUCUUGGAUGUGCAAAUAUAUGGGAUGUUGAUCGUGCCUACCAGACUUUUAGUGCAAUUGAUUCCAGUUUUGGGUUGACCCCCAAUAUCCAUUCAUACAAUGCCCUGAUCUGUGCAUUUGGGAAAUUCAGCAAGAGGGAUGAAGCUGUAAAAGUAUUUGAGCACUUUGUUGCUUUAGGCGUCAAACCAAAUGCGACCACAUAUUCUCUCCUUAUUGAUGCGCAUCUUAUUAAGCGGGAUCCUAAAGCCGCUCUCUCCGUGAUUGAUGAAAUGAUAUAUGCAGGAUAUGAACCAUCAAAGGAAAUACUAAAAAAGGUCCGGAGGCGAUGUAUUCGAGAGAUGGACUAUGAAUCUGAUGACAAGGUGGAAUCCUUGGCUAGACAGUUCAAAAUUCGAAUGGGAACAGAAACUCGCCGAGAUUUACUGUUUAAUCUUCAAUACACCACAGAUUAUGCAUGAUGGUUGACUUGCACUGUGCUGAAGAUAUGAGUUGUCAAGUCUUCUCCAUUUCUCUACCAUUAGCUUUGUGCUGAUCUCCAACUUUGUAAACUAUGGACAGCUGUUUCGGGCCUGAGCAGAAAGAGUGCUGAUAGGUAGCUUCCUUCUUCGGCAGCUGAUAUGUGAGAUAUCUCUUGGUUCCGUUUCAGGGAAAAUUAGAGGAUUAAUUAUUAACUUCAGACAUUCUGGUGAUGGUUACAACCAUAGGCCAUAUGGAUUAAAAAUAAAUUAUCUCUGGUGUGCAGGCUUCACUAAUUGGUGAUGUUAUCAUUUUAGGUCUGCACCUACUCUGGGUUAAUUUUGCAAGUUUUGCUGCCAUAUUUCAUAUUCUGUAGGUUCAUCGCAAACUUGUAUUAUGGUUCUGGAGAUAUUGUAGUAAUGGACAAAUAUGUAGGCCAACAAAUCAUUUUCAACUUCCAGGAAAGAGAUUGUACAGUUUCCCUAAA